UGUUGGGUUUAGACCAUACUCUGCGGGCCUGUUCGGUCUACGGGCGGCUCCAGCGAGGAGCGGAUCGAUUUAUCCAGUGAGGCAUUCAAGUAGCCACCAGUCAGAAGUUGGUGAGGCGCAGCCAGUGCAGACGGCAUCCUGAAUGUGGACCAGCAUUCGACUCUCUUCGCAGAAGGGACCAGGACCAGGACCAGGACCAGGACCGUCACCGAUCUUCAAGGGUUACUGUUAUUUUUUUCGCUGCUACUGUUUGGAGACUGCACGCGCGAAGAACGUUCAUCAGUUUAAUUGGUGACUUAACUGUUUAAGAAUGACGCAGAUCAAAAAUGACUCAGUAACUCACUCUGGUGAGGUGCCACCCCAUCUUUUGCCUGAAGAUCCGUUCAUUUCUAAACUGUCCUGGGAAGCUGAUGUGAUUGCUGCGUUUUAUUUAAUUGUCAUAGGACUUGUAUCAAUUUUUGGAAAUGGUUAUGUGAUUUAUAUGACAAUCAAACAGAAGAAUAAGCUAAAACCUGCUGAACUGAUGACAGUAAAUCUAGCGAUUUUUGAUUUUGGCAUGGCAGUCGGAGGAAAACCAUUCCUGAUCAUCUCUUGUUUUUCUCAUCGAUGGAUCUUUGGUUGGAUUGGCUGCCGUUGGCAUGGGUGGUCAGGGUUUUUCUUUGGAUGUGGCAGUCUAAUUACAAUAACUGUUGUAAGUCUGGACAGAUAUCUAAAAAUUUGUCAUUUACGGUAUGGUGUUUGGUUUCAGAGACGUCACGCCUUCGUGUGUUUGGGUUUCAUCUGGCUCUAUGCUGUAUUUUGGGCCACUAUACCCCUUGUUGGAUGGGGAGAAUAUGUUCCUGAGCCUUUUGGUACAUCAUGCACUCUGAACUGGUGGCUUGCACAGGCCUCUGUGAAUGGGCAGGUCUUCAUACUGAGCAUACUGUUUUUUUGUCUUGUGAUUCCAACAGCCAUAAUAGUAUUUUCCUAUGUAAAGAUCAUAAGCAAAGUGAAAUCAUCUGCCAAAGAGGUUGCACAUUUUGAUUCAAGAGUUCAAGGAAACCACCUACUGGAAAUUAAACUUACAAAGGUAGCAAUGUUAAUAUGCGCAGGGUUCUUGAUUGCUUGGAUUCCGUAUGCAGUUGUAUCGAUCUGGUCGGCGUUUGGAAGUCCUGACUCCGUGCCAAUUAAAGCUUCUUUGGUACCAACUCUAUUUGCAAAGUCAGCAGCAAUGUAUAAUCCCAUCAUAUAUCAAGUCAUUGACUGUCGAUGUAGCUAUGAGAGAAUCUGCGGCUGCCUCCGAUCGUCACAUCCAAAGACAUCGGACAGGAAUACAUGGACCAUCUCAGCAAGCAGAGACGUUGGGUACUUGGAAGUAAUUGAGACAAAGAUGGAGAAUUGAAACGGAGCUGAAUUCACUCUUUACAAGCGUUUCUGACUUCCACUUUGGAGUUUAAUUAUUAAUUAUCAACUGAUCUGAACAACAUCCAACACAUGAAAACCAAAAGCACACAUUGAGCAUGUCUUUAGAAAUAAACACACCAGUCUGUAGUUGCAAUUAUAUAUCAAAACAAUAUGGUUGGCCAAAGAGCCAAUUUUGUGUUGUGCUGCUCUAAGAUAGUGACUAAUCGGAUAGCUGUAAGGACACUGUGAUAUUAAAUGACUAUUAAUUCAAUAUUUCAAACUAAAACUGUGAUUAUUGUGAUAAAUGAGCUUGCUUGUUUUGGUUUAAAUAUAGGAUGAAGAAAUAUUUUUCUGCAGUGACAUUUAAUCUGCAUUUUAUAUAUUAAUAAAAAUAUUGUAU